UGAUAAUUUGCUGGUGUGCCGGCGAAUCUACGCCAUACUGUGCCUUUUUCCACCACACGACACGAGCAGCCUUCCCCUCCGUUUGCUUCCCACCACCCCUUACAGCUGCAGCCAUGGUGUUCACACGCUACGUCGAGCGGGGCCGUGUCGUCCUCAUCAACCAGGGUCCCAACGAGGGCAAGCUCGCCGUGAUUGUCAACGUCAUUGACAACUCGCGGGCGCUUGUUGAUGGCCCCAACACAGGUGUCGUCCGCAGCCCCCUGAACUUCAAGCACAUGAACCUCACAGACUUCAAGAUCGACAUCCCCCUGUUCGCUCGCACGUCUGCCGUUCGCAAGGCUUUCAAGGAGGCCGACAUCUCUGGCAAGUGGGCGCAGUCUGCUUGGGCAAAGAAGAUUGCCCGUCGUGAGAAGCGCGCAUCCCUCAGCGACUUUGAGCGCUUUGUCGUCAAGGUCAACCGCAUCAAGCGCGGCCGUGUGGUCAAGUCCAUCCUCACCCACGAGAAGCGUAAGGCCGGCAAGGCCCGCAGGGCAGCAGCGUCCAAGUAAAUGGGCCGUGUGUGCUUUGGUUUUGUUGUUCGUCAAGUACACAUGAAUCCCCAUACGAAUCAGCCAGCAAUGACACAGAGACAGUGUGUGUGUGCGUGAGAGUGAAAUAGGAGAGACUUUUG